GGCCAGUCUCAUGCACAGUCAGAUGCUGGAAACACAAACAUUCUGACAAGACCAUUUUCACAAAUCUGUACACAAUAUGUCUGCUUAAUUUGCGUUACACCCAUCUUAACCUCGAUCAGUUUAUGUGGGAGUCUUGACAUGAUUUCCCUGUGUAAUUACUUGCAGUCAUUUUUGAAGGAGCAUUUGUACUACACAGAUUUUACAUAUUUUUUCCAGACAGGCAACUGAUGGUACAAUAACUUCAAUUGCGUUCUGCUGAUCAUUUUAUUUAUCUAUGAUUACAGCAGGGAAUAAACUGUCUUAAUGAGUCAAGCACCAACUUGCUCUAUUCUGUAGGAGAAUACAAAUUAAGCAAAUCAGGAUAAGGAUUUUUUAUUCACCUCGCAGCUUAUUGCCAAUAGAAAACAUAUGGAGAGGGAUGGACUGGUCGUUGGGGCUACAGUGGGAAUUCCCAACAGGCCGGCCUAUCGUGGGCCAGGACUAAAAUAUAUUUUAAGUCCAUUCCUGUGUAGGGAUCAGUAGGCCUAUAUAUUGCCAGUGUUAUCAUUUAAAAUUCUAAGAUACCAUAGAAACUGUAAAGUCCUUCAGCAGCCCUACAGCCUUUACAUACAUUUCUGUCAGCACCAGUGUGACACCUCACCAGCACUGUUAACCUGCUCAAAUGUCCAAAUAACAACUGUAGUUAAGCGGCUGAGAGCCAGGGUAUCCUGCAUAACAAACACAAUGCAGCCCUCGAGGGCAGGGACUUCAGGAUGGGCUGGCCUGAAGUAAGAACUUCCUAGAUCAAAAUCAUUCAAGCUUUAAUUUCCAUUGUGGACGAAGCUAUUGAGUGCUGUCAAUCACUGACUAACUUCACCUUUGCUACUCUGUAAGCUCACGCUGGAAUCACUGAUAGAUCAUGCUUCGUAAUCACACCCACCGUAGUUUCAAGCAAAAUAACAAGCAAAACCUGGAGUACUAGGUAAGGAGACUUGCAGUCCUGAUUAUUAAAGCAUCAGAGAUCUGAUUAAAAACCAAAUUUACAUUUUAACUUGAGAUUUAAAUUAAUGUAAUUAGACGGUAUUAAAGGCAUGAUGUCAAUUAUGUCACUGCCAUAAUUUAUAAAAUAUGUUCAUUGGCACAUAAUUUGGGUCAAAUUGUGUAUAUAAAAUAUGUGUUCACAUUGCUACUACUAACCCCAAAUACUUUCCCCCAAGGGUCUAAUUCAGCAACGCAAGCAAAGAUUGUGUGUCAGCCUCAUUUGGUUUAAUAAUUAAAACUAUCUAAAGUAGUUUAAAAUGGUGCUUCAAUAAUUUAUUAACAUUAAUAUUUUUGUCAUAUUAUUGAUUUGUGUUGGCGAACCAUGGACGGAAGUGACACACCGGAUUUUGUCCAUGUCCGAUUUCUUUUAAAUAACUGCCACGGUUGACUAAGAAUAAUUUCGCCAGGCCUGAGUUUGUCUAUGAGGUCCAAACAUAGUAGAUCUUGCAAAAAAAAAAAAAAAAAAAUCAUGACCACAGAUAGCUAUUCUGUAUCGCUCCUGUCACAAGACGACUCAGUGUUCAGUGACAGAUAAUCGGCUGACUGUGGAGUGCAGUGCGGAGGGGACACUGGACAGCUAGGCUGUCCUCCGCCGACACCAACAGCCCACUCUUCUCAUUCCGCCUUUCUCCAAUAACGGUUCUCGCUUUAUCAGCUCCAUGAUCAUUUUCCACCGUCGUGAUCCUGUCAUAUCAAUCGCACACUUUUCUCAUCAGCGUGGCACCUCAAAGCUUUUCGGCUUUUCUUUUUUAAUAUUUAGAGUCGCGCGACUGCGUUCGCUUACGCAGAUAUAGUUACAUACUGUUUAUAAUACAUUUCUUUAAUAGUUUCACUACUUAAAUGUAUUUUUACUCUGCACAUUGUUUACUUUUACAUAUUGUGUAAUGUUUAUAUAUAGUUCAAUUCCUAUUUGUGAUUGCAUCGACAUGGGAAGUCACUAACGUAAUCUCCUUGCAUGUAACACAAUGACAGUGAAAACUUUUGAAUCUUGAAUGGAUGGUGGUAACAAUGAUUGCGUGCAGCUAUCAAAUUAGUGAUACACUGUGUUUGUGUGUAGUUCUCUGAUUUAGCAGAGUGAUCGUCACCGAAGGGGCGGUAGCGUUUACAUGUACCGCUUUCAUUAACCACACCUUGCAGACGAGUCCGCAAACCGGUCGUCUUAGCCUUAAUUUGAUCCGGUAAAAUUAAGCUAAAUUGGUCCGUCCAGUGUGAAUUAAAUAGUAUGUUUUCGUUAUUUCAUCUUUUUAAACAUGGCCAAGUGUUACAGGUGUGUUACAUGUUUUUAAAAAGUUCGUUUUGAGCCCUUUGUUAAAAAACGCCAUAGCAGUUACUUGCUAUGCGCAGCGUCUGCGUAGCUCUUCGUCAAACCUAAGCCGCACUGGCACCGGAUGGAAGUUCAGCCCAACUGCACUUGGUUAGUUCCAUGCCUCCAGUGCAUCAGUAAAUUAAACAAAUACAGAUAUACAUGAACUCGACCUUACGUGUGGUUUCUCAACGAUGAGUAACGAAUGACUUUAACGCGAAAAACUAUGGGAAGCGCAGAAUCUGGAGUUUGACUAUUUUGAGGAAAAAGAGACUGAAUGAAGGAAAGCCGCUAUACACAGCGCAUAGCCAGCUGGUCGGUAGUUACAUGCCGAAGAGUGAAGAGAACAGACGCAAAUAGCGGUUAGAAGUGAAACCGGACCGCCAGCACUUCUCACUAGAGAGCGCGGCCUUGGGCUUCCCCACCACUUUUCAUUGGGGCUACUUAACGCCUCGUCAUCAUUGGCAGGUCGCUGGCCCUUUCUCUGGCUGAUGCAUCAGUUGCAUUGGCAGCCAACAAGGAUUUUGCAGAUUUGUAUGCAUUAAGUUGGAGCUGGUCCUGAGGAUGGAGAUACAGGUGGAGGGAGGUGACAAGGGGACAGAAAGGUCAUCUGUCAUCAGAUGAGACAUACUCCUUUGGAAAACGCUCUGCUGAUUAUGCCGCGUCCUGUCCCGACAUUGUCUCCGUAAAGGUCCCAUCCUCUAUCUCGUUCGACUAUCUGUGGCUCUGCUGCUGCCUGUGGGUUGCGUGUCCCACCCCAAUAUAAGGGGGAUGUAGGGGACCAGGCGGCACACAGCAGUGACCAAGGCAAAGAGCAGCAGCCAGGAGGACAGGAGGACCCCCCAGGAACAUCCGCUUUACCGCACGACACUGCAAAGCUCCACCCCGCUUCCCCGGCCGGCUAUGUGGAAAGGUGCACUGCUGGCCGCUUGCCUUCUGGUGGCCAGAGUUGGGGCCACCGACACUCACCCUGCCUAUGGGGUCAAGCUGUGCGGACGUGAGUUCAUCCGAGCCGUCAUCUUCACCUGCGGGGGGUCCCGCUGGAGGAGGGCUGUGGACACGGCGGAUGACUUUAUGGAAGACCAUUUUGGACCCCUCAAUGAGGCCUCGGACAGCUGGAGCCCAAAUGCCAUCCCCGGACUUCCUUACCGGCAGUUCCCUGCAGCAGAGACCCCCCGCUGGAGCCCCUGGAUCCGGCCGGUGCGAUCCCUCAUUUCAGAAGAGGUACUGGAGGCGCUGCGCACCUCUGACCGCAAGGGCCGUGAUGUGGUGGUCGGGCUCUCCAAUGCCUGCUGUAAGUGGGGCUGCAGCAAAAGCGAGAUCAGCUCCCUGUGCUGAGCACGGUGUUACGCCAGCAGGGGACGCCAAAGGACUGCCCAGCCUUCGGGGUCACUUCCCUGCAGGGCCUCAUGGGAGCAGACUCCAAGUCCUUUGAUCAUGUACAGACUUGCCGUCCUCACAGUACUGUUGAUUCGCAUAAAGUGUUGUUUGCCUCAUUCUGCUCUGAACGAUGUUGUAGUUGUAACAUGUAGGGUUUCAGAGUCCCUCUAUAGAUUUUAAUAAAGCUGUUGUUUAAA